AGUGGCAGUCCGGAGGCGCAAGGUGGUGGGUUCACUUUUGUCGUCUAUCGCGGCAAUUUUACAGAAAUCCAGUAGAUGUAAACGAUACGCAAGGCCGCAUCGAGGAAUCAGUUCGCGGGCAUCGUGCAUCAAGCUCGAGACAAGAUGUCGACGUCGGCGAUAUACAUCCUGGACGUGAAGGGCAAGGUGUUGAUCUCGCGAAACUACCGCGGCGACAUCGAGACCGGCGUCAUCGAGAAAUUCAUGCCGCUGGUGAUGGAACGCGAGGAAGAAGGCAAUCUCACGCCCAUCAUCCAGACUCCCGAGUGUACGUACGCGUACAUCAAGUAUAACAACCUGUACAUCGUGUCUACCACCAAGAAGAACGCCAACAUAUCACUGGUAUUCGUAUUUUUGCACAAAGUCGUGCACAUCAUGCAAGAGUAUUUCAAGGAACUGGAGGAAGAAAGCAUACGCGACAACUUCGUCGUCAUUUAUGAACUGCUGGAUGAGCUGCUGGACUUUGGCUAUCCCCAGACCACCGACAGCAAGAUCCUACAAGAGUACAUUACCCAGGAGGGCCACAAGCUGGAGAUACAACCUAGGAUCCCCAUGGCCGUGACCAACGCCGUAUCGUGGCGCUCAGAGGGCAUCAAGUAUCGCAAGAACGAGGUCUUCCUCGACGUUAUAGAGUCCGUGAACCUGCUGGCGAACGCCAACGGGAACGUCCUGAGCUCGGAGAUCGUCGGUGCCAUAAAGAUGCGGGUUUACCUGUCGGGGAUGCCGGAACUGCGUCUGGGUCUCAAUGAUAAGGUGUUGUUCGAGUCUACGGGCCGCGGCAAGUCGAAAUCCGUCGAGUUGGAGGAUGUCAAGUUCCACCAGUGCGUCAGGCUGUCCCGCUUCGAGAACGACCGUACGAUCUCGUUCAUCCCGCCGGACGGCGAGUUCGAGCUGAUGUCGUAUCGGCUGAACACGCACGUGAAACCGCUGAUCUGGAUCGAGUCCGUGAUCGAGCGGCACGCGCACAGCCGCGUCGAAUAUAUGAUCAAGGCGCGGUCGCAGUUCAAGCGGCGCUCCACCGCGAACAACGUGGAGAUCGUGAUCCCGGUGCCGAACGACGCCGACUCGCCCAAAUUCAAGACGACGAUCGGCAGCGUCAAGUAUUCACCUGAGCAGAGUGCUAUCACGUGGAUCAUCAAAUCGUUCCCUGGCGGCAAGGAGUACCUCAUGCGGGCGCACUUCGGCCUGCCCUCGGUCGUCGGCGAGGACGUCGAAGGGAAGCCACCCAUACAGGUGAAAUUCGAGAUACCGUACUUUACCACGUCCGGCAUCCAAGUGCGUUAUUUGAAAAUCAUCGAGAAGAGCGGCUACCAGGCGCUACCGUGGGUACGUUACAUCACGCAGAACGGCGACUACCAGUUGCGGACGAAUUAGCCAUUCGACGAUGCAGAUGAUCGCGUCGGGGUCUCUGCGGUCUUCAACGUGCCUGAAUGCCCAAAGGACUAACUGGGGAAACGCGUGGGAUGCGGAGAAUCGAGAAACCGUACACUCCUCUUCGCACUCGGUCGGCCACGAAGUGGCGGCUGGCGCAAGGAGACGCGAAUACUCGUGAAACUUGAUAUAACAGCUAUUCGGUCUCGGAACUUUUUUUUAGAAGGGGGGAAGCGAAAGCAAGGAACAAGAACGAGAAUUUACAUUUUGCAGGUUUCGCGGUCUUAAUAUUUCUUUUGGAUGCGCUGAUAUGUCAUAAAUGGUGAAAAAUCUUUUAUGAUACGUUUAUUAUACGUCUCCACUUUCGAGACACGUCUACGUCCUGGAAGUACUUAAUCCACGUGAGAUUAUAUUCGAUUGCGAGAGAGAGAGAGAGAGAGAGAAAAAGAGUAUAAGUUUACAUGUUUUCCGAUUUAUUUUUUAAAUGCAAUGACAAGAUGGUGAGGCGUCUAGCAAAACACAACUGCAAUCUUACAACGGGAUCAUGUAAAUAUAUUGGAUGUAUACCGUUUUAUAACAUUUCUCUGUGAGAGGUAUUAAUUUUGAAUGCUACAUAGUAUUAUAUCAAUGAAGAUUAGCAUGUUUAAUAUAAUUGUAAUAUUAUUACUGUACGUCGUACGCUAAGUCGAUAUUAAUGUAAGAUAGCAUGGAAAUAUAUGAAAUUUUUAAUAGAGAG